AUGAUUUUGCAGACGGAUAAUGAUGAUGAGAAAACCCACACAGAGGAUUUUAUGUCUGUCUUGCUUGUUUCAGAUCAACCUUUACCAGCACAAGCCAGCAACGCGGGGCCAGUUGUCGGGGGCGUCAUUGCCGCCAUAAUCAUCCUGUGUUUGAUCGGCGCUGGUGUGGCCAUGUACCGCAAACAGCGCCAGAGCGUGGAGAACGGAGAAGGCCCCCCCAAACACAAGCCGCCUCCUCCGAUGAAGUCUGGCAGCUCGACAGAAAUGCUGAAUAAACCACAGGACAAGACCACAACCAUCAUAGAAACCCAGCCGCUCAGCAACAAUGAGACAAACUACUACGAAACCAACUCUGCAGAGCCCAUUACAGAUCUAGAUGAUGACAACAACGGCCCUCCCGCUAACGGUGGAACCCCAGCUGUCUGGGACAGCUCAGGACACCCUCCCGAAAAAGACGACACGACCGGCGAGACCCUUCCACCGUACAAACCAGCUGACCAGAAUGAUGUCGAAGCUAACUUUACUAACGUAGCUCGUGAAGAAAGUUUCGUGUCCAAAUCCAUGUUGGUCUAAAGAUGAAGGCCGUGCCUGUGAUUUGCACUGCCACUGUCCUGCCCAGCUGCGGACUCCCGUUACAGCACAGCCGACUAUAGUCCACGGCUCGGGCACAAACACAUCCAAAACACCCCUGCCUGGUCACGUUUCUUUCACACGUGGCUAAAUGACAUUUUAUCCUAUUCUCAUGGUUUUGUGGAUGGUCCCUAAAACAUUUAUAUCUUUUGGACCAGAUCAGAUUUUGGAAUUUUGAUAUGUAUGACAAGAAGUUCUUAGAACUUUAGUCAAGCAAACUUUGAUUAGCAGUUAAUGGUAAAACAAAACCAUGAGAAAUGGUCAUUAUUCACUAUUGAGAUGCUAUGUUACGUAUAUUUUAAUCCUGGUUACGUGAAAGACACACACAGCAAACAUAGUCAGAAAAACAUUUAAUUUUCCUAAAAGGUCUAAAGAUAAGAAUUUGCUUUCAGUAUUUUAAAAUACACUGCAUAUACUGUCAAACAUUGCUUCUGUUUCUGAUCUGUAGUUUUUAUUUUGCAAUCUCGGUGUAGUGCUCUUCUAAGCUUUAGCUUUCGUCGGUUUAGUGCGUUAACUUCUGUGAUGAGGGAAAAAGUCUUGUGGUAUAUGCAAUGUAUUUUACAUACAGCAAAAAUGUAUUUUUAUAUUUUAUAUUUGAUGUCAUUUUGAUCGAUUAUAUCACCUAAAAACAGAUUUAUGCAUUAUUUUCUUAUUUUCGUUUCUUUGGUUGUUUGGCGCGUUCAUUGUUUUUGAAAAGUACCAAAUAAGUUCUGUAAAUAAUAUAAGGAAAUAAUAUAUAUAGCCAGUCUAACAUGCGUUAAAAAAUAUAUAAAACACAAUAAAAAAUAAAAAAUGCAAACAAUUCCAAAAAUAACCAGUGAGGUGCAAAAUGAAAAAGUGUAGAUUUUCUGAAACUUUCUUUUACCAGGUAUUACGUAAGUCGUAUGCUGAUGUUUUACUUCUUGAUACGUGUGGAUUUUGUUACUGUAUAUUCUGCAUGGCAUGGUUGGUUGCUUUCCUAAAAACAGUGGGCACCCGUCGCAACCUUUUCUCACUCCCCUUUUUCUGGCCAUAAGAAGCACAAUAUGCAUAUAGAGAUGUUGAAGGUGACAGGAGGUUUGACAAGAGUUUUGUUUUCUGCCUUCUGAAGCUAAACAUUGAUGUUAAAGACCUCGUGAAAUCUCUCAACGAGCACAGUUUUCUUUCUGUGUUUGGCAUUUCCAAUUGAAACUUCAUUUUAGAAGGUCAAAAACAUAAAAGAUCCUGUCCAUUUAAAAAUAGUCAUUGGGCUUUAGUUACAUCACAUGAAUUGUUACUAGUCAAGGCUGGUUGUAUUGUGGGCGGGACAUUCUCAUUCUACAGAGCAUUUGAUUGGACAAAACUUUUAGUGCAGUAAAACAGUAAUAAUUUUCUAUUUUAAUACAUAUUAACAUGUCAUUGAUUCCAGUGAUGUUAAAGCAUCAUUACUCCAGUCUUCAGUGUCACAUGAUCCUUCAGAAUUCAUUCUAAUAUCUUGAAAAUCUUUAUUAAUAACGGUAUUAUCAAUGUUGAAAAAGGUUUUUUCCUGCUUAAUAUUUUUGU